GACUUCGAGCUCUGCGGCCCCUGCGCGGAGAAGGAACACCGGUGCAUGAUCUGCGGCUCCGACGAGGCGCCGGCAGCGACGUGCGGUUCGCCGCUGGCUACGGCCCAGCAGCUGCAAUCGCCGGCCGCCUGGAAGGUGGUACCCCCGCCCUCGCCGCUGAACCUGGCCGCGGGCGCGCAGUCGCCGCUGGGGGCCCAGCUGUCCACGUCGCUGCAGACGCCAGUGCAGAAGCUGGCUGCGGCGCUGCCCAGUCCAUGCGGCGCCGCGCCCCCCACGCCCUCUGCAAGUGUGCCACCGAGGUUCUGCAUGGAUCACGAUGCCAGCGACAAGCGCGCCAAGGUGGACGCCUCGGUGGGCCUGCAGCUCCGGGAGUGCACGUCCUGCCACAUCCAGGUGAACACCACCUACGUCGACUUCGAGCUCUGCGGGGGCUGCUCAGACGCCGAGAGGCGGUGCAUGAUUUGCGGGGCCACCGCCCCGAUCAGCGGACGCUACAUCCCCCCGGAGCGGGUGCCGGCGGCCCAAAGCCCGCCGCCGCAGCCCCCGCGGCAGGGGCCGCAGGAACUCGUGCCCCACCACGCCUAG